AUGGAUGUGAGAGUGAUGCUAGAGAUGUGGAAAAAGUAUAUUGAUCAGAAAGUUGGAACUUUUGAUGUGGAAAGUUACAAGAGAAAUGAAUUGGUGGGACAGAAUUGUAGAUUUCUAAGUAGGUUUGAUACCAAUUCCUUAGUAUUCUACGAGACAACAUAUUUUGUUGGGGUUCAGAUGGAAGCAAGUUGCAGAGAUAGUGAAAGUAAAGAGCUGAGAUCAGAGACAAGACAACUGAGUGUGGUGGGUGCAGUUAGAGUUGCGAUACAAUUUGAUGUUGAGAGGUUUAAGGAACUUGAGAAGAAGUGA